UCGUUGUAAACUUAAAAUCGUGUCUUCGCACAAUAAAACAAUUUGCAGUUCGAGGGCAUUAAAUUUACGAACCAAAUACAGGUCCUGUGGCCCGAGCCUGUACGGAAGGGGGGACAUGAACAAUCAGGAUGUGGUGUGGAAGCUGGAGGAGUGCCGAGCAGCAGUGCUGGUCAGACCAGGUCAGCCUGCUGAGGAGGAUAAGGAAGAGUUUCAAAAGUGCUGGGAAUCCCUUCCUGUUGAACUGAGCGUGCUGCUCCAGGAGGCAGUUGCUAUGAUGUGGCCAUUUGUGCCAGAGAAAUGGCAGUAUAAGCAGUCUGUCAACUCGGAGGACAAGACCAACCUUAAGGACCUCAUUAGCCAGCACCUGUCCCAGUUACUGGCAUUCCUGAAGGCUUGUAUCCUUGUGGGGGAUUCACAGAGUGCCGUCUCUGUGGUGUUUCUGAUGGACCGUUUCCUGUACUGGACAGAUGCUUCCAACCAACUGCUGAGGAUCAUCAAGGCCCUGCACAAGUACUACCCAGAUACACCAAUCGCCCCCCAGGUUGUCAUCCGACAGGCCCGUCUCUCUGUCAGCUCCGGUAAACUGCAGAAGGCAGAAUAUAUACUGAGCAGUCUGAUUAACAACAGUGGAGAAACAGGGUGCUGGAAGUACCAUGUAGACAGCGAUCGAGUUCUUGUCCAGUCCGUUAGUGUACAGAUACGAGGGCAGGUGCUCCAAAAGCUGGGACUGUGGCGUGAGGCUGCUGAGCUGAUGUGGGCAUCUCUCGUUGGGUUUUUUGCUCUCCCUCAACCUGACAAGAAGGGUAUUGGGGCAUCCCUUGGCCUUUUUGCCAACAUUCUGGUGUCCAUGAAUGACAAAGACUUCCACACAUUCAAGACCAGUCCUCACAUUGAUCUGUGUUUUCUGAAAGAGAAAGAUCAUCGUCUCCUGUCAGCAGCUGAGGCAGCCAAGAUGUCAGUGGUCUACAGUCAGUACACUCCGCUGUAUGUGCUUUCCAAUGUGGUAACUCAGGGAACAUGCCUUCUGUCUUACAGUUUUUCUCCAAGCUGUUCCAACACUCAGAGAGAAGCAUUCUUAAUCCAAGCCAAGGAGGCCUUCGAGAUUGGUUUGCUGACCAAGACAGAUGAAGAGGCAGUUCCCAGUAAACUAGAGCUGCACUUGUUCACAAAGGCAGCCUACUCACUGGCCGUCACUCACAGGUGGCUGGGGUCACCAGCAGAAACUGUAUACCAAGCUUGGCAAGUGAGCCGGGAGGCCAUGGAACUGUUAGACACCUACAGUCUAACAGAUGGACUAGACAGGGACCGACUGAGCAGGGAGAUCAUGUGCCUGGUGAGUCAAGUGAAGACUCUCUUCCAUAUUCAUCCCUUCUUAAAUUCCGAGGAUGGCUCCUUCAUCCCAGACAGUUACAGGUCCAUGGAGAAAGUCCCUGUACGGUUUUCAUUUAGUGGUUUCUUUAAGGUGAUGGAAAAUUUUACUCAAUACCAUGCUUCAGUCUGUGAAGCCUUUGAGACUUCCAACCGGAUGACUGCAAACAGAUGUGAAGGUUCAUCUGGAGUCUGCAUCACAGCCUUGAAGACAGCUACAGAAACCCCAGUCACAGAGUGUACUGUUAAAAUCCCAAACUUAAAAAAAUCUUCAGGACCGGAGGGUAAAAGACAGGAGAAACAAAAGGAGGGUGGAAAUCUGGAACAGCAUGGAGAAAGGUGUGAGGUCCCUCUUGGCUUAUUCAAACACAAGGUGGGCCCACAGCCAUCGGAACAGGAGUUCUCUUCUCCACAUCUAAUGUAUCUUCCCAAACAGGAACUCUGCUGCAAUGCUUUGAAUGGCCAAGCAGCUGAGAACUCCACCAUUCUCAUUGAUACACAGUGUCCCACAGAGGAUUGUGAAGAGGAGGGGCAAAGCAGAUGUUUUAAAUCAACAAUCCCUAGAUCAACAUAUACAGGUCAGGUGAUUCUGAUGCAUGACUGCAGAGAGGAUCUACAGUCAUCCUCCAGUUCCAAAAACGAAGGUCUGAGUUCACAGUCCUCCUGGCAUAAGAUGUCGUCCUCAGGUUCUCUCAGUGACAGUCUGGGUUCACAGUCCUCUUGGCAGAAGAUCUCUGAUGCGGGUUCUUUCAGUAUGACAGGAAAUGGCAGUGACCUAAUUGCAGAGGACGUGCAUGGAUGGGUGGAUAUGAGCUGUGUCACAGAAAUCAGUGAGAAUGGUGAACAAGGUGAAAAUGAUCAUUUUGGGCCUCAAGCCACAUGCAAAGUGAAAAAUGUGGGGAAUAAGGAAAUCCACAGAUAUGUCACCUCCCAGAAUAGGGAAAAAAUUGAAAAAGCAGUCGAUAUGCUGUGUCUCACAGAAGCCAGUACUGAGGAUGAUGUAAUGGAACUGCGUGGCAGCAAUAUAGUCUAUGAAGCUACCAGUAGAAGUGAGACACAGCAGUCCAAUGGAUGCAAAAAGAGGUCAAAGUCAUCCUCAAGCUCCCUCAGUGACAGCCUGAGUUCUGUGUCCUCCUGGCAGAAGAUUUCCUUUUCCGAAACUGCUUCUUCACUUAGCACUGGGGAUGGUAGUGGCAAGGAAGCUCUAGUGGACGAGGGAGUGAAUGGGUGGGUGGACAUGAGCUGUCCCACAGACAUGAGUGAGGACGACAAGCAAAGCAGCUGGACUGAAAUUUCAGACAAACCCACAGGUCCCAUUCAUCAUUCAUCAGACAAGGUCCUUAGUCAUCCAUUAUGUCUUUCAACAGAGACGGAUAGCUCUUUUGAACUCGUGGAUAAAAACGGGGACCUUUCAAAGCUUUACUUGCACGAGUCCACUUUAAUACAUCAUCAGUACCCUGUGAAAUGUCUUCAGGGGUGUAUGAUAGGUGCUGAAAUCCCUGAGGAACCAUGCACCCUUACAAAGCAGGACUACAUUGCCCUGUUAUCAGGGGUGUGUCAUGAAUGUCUAUUAAAAAGACUGAGAAACACGGGGAUUUUCAAGCUGAGAAAACUCCGGAAGGCCUACAGUGCACUUCUUAUGAAGUACUCCAAGGCUUCUGGUCUGUGGAUAUCCCGAGAAACUAUGGUCUACAUUGGAGACCCCAUGGGGAAGCAGGGCAUGCAGAGAGCUGCAUUCUGGGUACAGUUCCUACACCAGGAGGAAUUGCUGGGAAAAUAUGUUGGGAAGGAAUACCUCUCUGCAAAGGAGCUCCAUUACCACUUCAAUGAUGUGGAGAGGCAGAUGACAGCACAACAUUAUGUGACAGAGUUCAACAAGAGGCUCUAUGAAAAGAGAGUGGCUAUGCAGAUCUUCUUCAUUCCUUCUGAGGUGUUGCUGAUUCUGGAAGACAAUGUCAUAGUUGGCUGCAUGACUGUUGAGCCCUACAUGCUGGGAGACUUUGUGAAGCUGACCAACAACACGACCAAAGUGGUGCGAGAUUACAAAGCCACAGACUACGGCAUUGCCUUUGGACAUUUUACCUUUGAGUUCUCAGGUGGUACAGAAGUUGUUGUAGACUUACAAGGUUGGGUGACAGGAAAUGGAAAAGGAUUAACCUACCUCACAGACCCCCAGAUCCACUCUCUCAAGACACCUGGUUCCAGGACCAACUUUGGUGAGAGAGGCAUCAGGAACUUCCUGGAGGCUCAGCAUGGGCUUGAGUGCAAUGAUAUUUGCAAAAAACUCUCAUUGGGGAGGUUACACAGCCCAGGAGAGGCUGAGGGCUUGUUGGUUAAAAGGCUGGACUUGUGAAUAAAAGGUAGGAGGUUCAACUUCCAGUCAGAGUGCUGCUAUGCACCAUGGUGCUUUACAUUACUUUAUGCAAUUCACUACCUUCCUACAGUAAUGAUUGAACUGUUAUGUUUCUACCGGUUUACAGUCCUUGUAAUAGAGGCACUGGUUGAAAACCUUAGUAAUUUUAUGGUUCUUCUAAUCUCAGCUGCACUAAAUGAGCUGGUACUCAUGGCAUACUGAAACUGCUGAGACUGCUUGGAAUAUUUUUUUUAGUUCUGCUAUAUGGAGAUUUCUCAGCCUUUAUCAGUGAGUGCUAUCUUUAUCAUUGGCAGUGAUUUUGCACUUUUUCUCUCUGCUAAUGUAAUG